AUGAGCUCGGAAGCCAUGAGGAUCCCCAGCAAAGACGUUUCCAGGCAGGUGGAAGAAUUUCUCAGCAAAGAUAUCAGCUAUCUUUUUUCAAAUAAAAAUGAAGCUAAAUUUGCACAAACACUGUGUCGAAUUUCUCCUGUUCCAAGUCCAGAAUCUGCAUAUACUGCAGAAGCUACCUCACCUCAUCCCAGCCAUGAUGCAAGUUCAUUUAAGUCUCCAGAAACAGUAUUUUUAAGCCGAGGAAGAUUGUUAGUUGAAAAAGCUAUCAAGGAUCAUACAUUAAAUACUACACUGAACAAAAGAAAAAAAGAGUUGUAUGUGUUGAAGAAGUCAAAUACUUCUGUAAGAGAUGUGGGGGGGGGGGGAGUUGGUGUUGGAACACAAAAAGUAAGAACAGGAAGAAUCCAAAAGCCUUUUGUAAAGGUUGAAGAUAUGAGUCAAUUUUAUAGGCCAUUUUCCCUUCAGCUGACCAAUAUGCCUUCUAUAAACUAUUCAACCCAGAAGCCCUGCGGUCCAUUUGAUAUAGAUAAGCCAUCCAGCAUCCAAAAGCAAACUCAGACCAAAUUAAGAAUUCAUACAGAUGGUGAUAAGUGUGGUGGAGGUCCCAUUCAUAUCCAGUUAAAAGAAAAGAAAAAGAAAGGAUAUUGUGAAUGUUGCUUACAGAAAUAUGAAGAUCUGGACAUGCACCUUCUUAGUGAACAACACCGAAAUUUUGCACAGAGUAACCAGUAUCAAAUUGUUGAUGAUAUUAUAUCUAAGUUAGUUUUUGAUUUCAUAGAAUAUGAAAGAGACACACCUAAAAAGAAAAGAAUAAAAUACAGUAUUGGAAAAAGUGUUCCGAAAAAGAACAAAUCCAAAGAAGUGCUAGAUUUGAAUCCUAUUUCCCAGAAAGGCAUCAGGGAAAACAGUGAACAGGUGAUCAGACAGAAUAUCCUGUAUGAAGAAACCCACAAGCCUGAACAGACGCACGUGUUUCUUUCAGAACCUACCUACCCUUCAAUGGGAUUGAGAGGACUUGAUGAGAAGGCGAUUAGUGAAGGCUCAAUGUUAAAUGCAGCUGAACACAACAUAAAGCACAAUUUUACACAGCUACCUCCACGUAACAAUAAACAGGAAUGUAGUCUUGAUAUUUCUGAACAUAAAUUAGAUACAAAUGAAAAUGGAUUAGAAGAACUAAGGGUAGAUGGCUGUCAGAGUAUGCUGCAGACAUAUGUAAAAGUUUCUUACUUCAAUAUAGAUAAUAAUACAACACAACCAAAAUUCAAGUUGAAUCCUGUACAGUUCUCAGCAAAAGAUGUGAUGGAACAGGACCUUCAUUCAAUAUGUGGUCAUGAUUAUGUUGUGAUGACAAUAAAAACCUCAAAGGAACACCUAACCACAGAGGCAAACACUACAUCUUGUAGUGCUCAGGAACCCAGUGAAUGUGACAAGAACAUGGACAAAUUGCCUUCUGGUAAAACCCAUAGGAAAGCGCAAGUGUUAUUAGGACGAAAUAAAACAAAUGUAGAACCAAAUGUUGAAUUAGAUAAGAAGAUAACUGAAUUUCUUACUGUGCAAGAAGACAGCACUUGUAGUUCACCAAUACAGUCUCUACUGGACUUAUUUCAGACUAGUGGAGAGAAAUCUGAAUUUUUGGGUUUCACAAGCUAUACUGAAAACAGUGCUAUAUGUGAUGUUUUAGAUAUCUGGCAGGAAGAAAGUUCAAAUGAUCUUUUGUCCACAUUUUUCUCUUCCCCCUCAACUUCUACAUUUGUUGGAUUUUAA